GUUUACUAUUUCCCUAACGACUUUUAACGAAACAGAUAUUAACUUAUCUAUUGGGCGAGGAAUGAACCAGAACAGUUAGAGUGUUUAACAUCUAUAGUGUUUUAUUAUUCUAUCUGGAUAUCAGGUGGUGUUGACAUAUAAUUUGGCAUAGUAAUACAACAAGAAAAUAUAUAUUGUCGAUAAUAUCAUUUUGUUAUGUAAAAUAUAUUGGAAGUAUAUAUUAAACAUACGCACACUGGUUUUCAAAUCGAAAGUAGAAACCUGUUUAAACACAAUUUCAAAAUGGCUUCUAGAAUAUUUCGGGGUUCAAACAAAGACAAUGCAGGUGACUUCAUUGGCGAAAGUACUGUGACACAAUCAUGUGAGCCUUGUAUGAAAACCAACAUAUCAAAAACUGCUACGGUUUUCUGCAAGGAUUGUGAUGAGUUCUUGUGUGAAACUUGCAAGAAUCCGCACACCGUGUAUAAACCAGGUCAGCAUAACAUUGUUAAUGUACCGGAAAAUAAAUCUGCGCCCGUAAUACUCGACAUGAAAGGAUUUGACAAGUGUCAGGAGCAUGCACGAGAAAUAGUGUUUUUCUGUCAGGAUCAUUCUAAGCUUUGCUGUCUUUCAUGUGUUCUCAUUCACCGGAAAUGUGACCAAUUGGAUGAAAUAGCAAAAGUAUCCACACAAACACGACCCGACCUGCAAGGAAUAAAACAAUCAUUGAUAAAAUUGCAAUCCGAGGCAGACGCUAUUAUAGCGGAUUGUGAGCAGUCGGAGACUGGCUUAAAUGAGUCCAUUGCAAAGAUUUCUUCAGAGGUGGAAACAAUGAAAGAUCGUAUCAUACAACAGUUUGAAGGAGCAAAGCAGAAAUUAAUAAGUGAGGCAAAACAAUUUAAAACCGCAGAGGUCAAACGGAUUGGAAAUAAACGUGACGCCUCGCUCAAAGUUAAGGAAGUACUAAACAAUGUAUUGUCGAUGUGUUGUGUCGUUUUAGACCGCGGAACGCCCAGUCAACAGUACAUUUAUUCAGAACAAAUGAAGGAGAAACAAAAAACUAUCGAAUCAACUAUAGAUGACCAAAGAAAGAUUAAAUGUUCAUCAACAAUGACAGUGUCUUUUUCAAAACAGGUUACUUCACUCCUUGAGAUGGGAAGCAAUUCUAUAAAGCUGAAUUAUGAUGACAACAAGACAGUGGAUACCAGUCCCAUGAGCUUAUCAUCCCAACCAAGGCCAAUCACCCUGAAGCUGCUCGUGUCCGUCGAUCUACACAAAACUGGAGAUGAUAAGGUGGAACCUCUUCUCACUGGACUGGACUUCCUGCCGGACGGGCGACUGGUAGCCGUGGAUAACACGAAAAUGAAAUGUAUCAUACUGAAUGAGCGACUACAGAGACUUGGAACACCGUACAAGUUCAAGGAUUGCCCAUACAGCGUAGUUUGUGUGUCUCAUGAUACACUGUGUGUAACGGGUGGUGAUUAUAAAGUAGUAUUUCUCCUGUCUGUGAGUACAGACAAUACCAUCACACUGACCAGGCAGAUCAAUACAACAUCCAUGUUCUUCUCUAUAUGCUGCAUGUCUCCAUCUCACAUGGUCGUGAGUACGUGCUAUGAUCCCCGAUCUGCUAGAAUGCUAUCAGUGGACGGGGUAGAGUCAGACUUUGAUCACUUCCUGACGUUUCCUAUGAAGACGUACAAAGUAGAUGAGAGUAGAUGCACGUAUGUCCAGUCUAAGAACACGUUAGUUCUGACUGACAGGUUCGCUCAUACGGUAUACAUGUACGACACCUUGAAAGGCACGUCUAGAGCAGUCACUCAUGAGAACAUACAGGAACCUCGUGGUGCCUGUGUAGGGCCUGGUGACUCGGUGCUGGUGUGCAGUAUGAGGAAAGACUCCAUCGUGCAACUGACCAUUAACGGUAAAAUACUGGGUAGCUACCUAGUGGAUAUGAAGGGACCGUUAAGCAUAUGUGUGUCUAAGGAUGGCACCAGGCUGGUGGUGUCUAACUGCGCUAUAGGCGUCAGGAAACUUCACUUGUAUAAGAUAUCACCGGCAAUGAGUUAGCUGACUAGUAAGAUGGUAAUGUUAUUCAUGUGAUCAGGCUUUCUACACAAUUAUUAAAUAUUGACUUUCGUGUAUUGUUUGUGUUAAACAACUCGGAAUACUUUUCCGAUUAAUUAAAAUUAAAUAGAGUUGUAAUAAGGUUUUAUCGUUGAAGAAUUUCAAAAGAUUCCGAACUACCUAUGUAUUUUGCAUGUAUUAUAAUGUAAUAUGUGUAUUUCUACCUACCUUCAAUAACUAUUUUAGUGUAUAUUUGAAGACAUUUAAAUAUAUUGUAUAUGUAAUUUUAUUUAAAUUCGCAUUUCAUGCAACGUAACCGGUGUGUACGGUAGUUAGGCGCGUUAAAGAUUUGUAAAUAUGUGUUAAUUUUUGAAAAUAAUAACUAUAACUGAACAUUGCUAAGCAUAUGUUUUCUUAAUGCCAUAAACAAUUUGCGUUCAUUCAAAAUAAUGCUUGUUUUUGUUAAGCCUACAUACGCAACAAGAUUUAUGUUUAUCAACAAAUUCGACUAGAUCAUGAAUUCCCAGCCUGUCACCUCUGCCUGUCAAUAGUCUAAUAGCCCCGUCACACCGGACUGACGUCCUUACGGCGACCUAAGACUGUGUUUCUGAAAAUUUCUGACUGUCGUAGUAAGGACGCCAAUGACUUUUUCGGUAUAAAUGCUGUUUUUCGCCUCCCCGUCACACCAACGUCCUGGUUUAUGGCGUUCUGUGCGUCCUCAUGGGGUCCUUAAUCCGUCCCUAGCGACCUUACCGCGUUCGUACUGCGUUUCACGGCGACCAAAGCCGACUAUACGGCGUCUGAGCGGCGUCCUUGGCAUUCUUACUGCGUUCUUAUUGCGACCAUAGUCGUUCUGAGGACGCAAUAGACGUACAAAGGACGAACUAAUGUCGCAAUAAAGUCGCCGUACGGUCGCCUUGCAGUCAAUGAUCAUUGUCUGUGGGUUUUAGCGGCGACCACACGACGUCCAUGGCGACUUUACAGCGACCCUACCACGUCCCUACUACGACUACUGCGUCUCUACGGCGUCCCUACGACGUAUUUUAAAGAACGCCGUAAAACGCCGGACUUCGGCGACUACUUUGAACAUGUUCAAAGUAGUCGCCGUGGGCUCGCGUCCUGUUCAAUUUUCGCCAGUCUCACUGCGUCCUCUUGCUUCCUUACUGCGUUCCUCCGGUGUCUAUGACAUCCUCACUGCGACCUGGGUCGCCGUAAGGACGCAGUAAGGACGCCAGUCCGGUGUGACGGGGGUACAAGAUGCCUUGUAUCGUUCCAAUGUAGAGGAUACUAAAUAAGGCCAUUAAUUUCAGUUACUUUUGUUUGUUUUCAAAUAAAUUAUCAAAACGAU